GAGGGCGUAUGGACAGACAGUAGUAGCAGCGCAUGCACUUUCAAAAAACUGCUGUUGUAGUUUUGUCACAUUGAAAGGACUACUGUUAAAUUUGUAUUUCGACUGGAUCGUUGAUCGCGCUUAAACGCUGCAUUAUAUCAACUGAAGGCCUGUCACCGAGAAGUGGGUGUCUACUCACUGGUGUUAACACAGCGGCGAGUACAGCACUGUGUCCCCGAUGGCUGGGUGGAAGGACGGCUCGGUGCAAGAGAAGUAUCGACUGGUUGUAGUCGGAGGUGGUGGCGUUGGAAAGUCAGCUUUAACAAUCCAAUUCAUCCAGUCUUACUUUGUCACUGACUAUGACCCCACAAUUGAGGAUUCAUACACGAAACAGUGUGUCAUUGAUGAGAGAGCUGCCCGUCUGGACAUCCUGGAUACAGCAGGACAGGAAGAGUUUGGAGCCAUGAGAGAACAAUACAUGAGGACAGGGGAGGGCUUCCUGCUCGUCUUCUCUGUCACUGACCGAGGAAGCUUUGAAGAAAUCUACAAAUUCCAAAGACAAAUCCUGAGAGUGAAAGACCGUGAUGAAUUCCCCAUGAUUUUAGUGGGAAACAAGGCUGAUUUGGAACCGCAGAGACAGGUGACACAGGAAGAAGGCCAGCAGCUUGCCCGACAGCUCAAAGUCACGUACAUGGAGGCCUCGGCCAAGAUCCGCAUGAAUGUAGACCAGGCUUUUCACGAACUCGUCAGAGUAAUAAGGAAGUUUCAGGAACAGGAAUGCCCGCCUUCGCCGGAGCCCACGCGUAAAGAGAAAGAUAAGAGUGGCUGUCAUUGUGUGAUUGUCUAAGAAAGGGGGCCUCUCACAGCCACCACUCACCCAGCUGCUGUCACCAGUCCCCACUCCCUGCCUUCUGACAUCACAUCCAAUACGGAUUAAUCGCUGCCUUCUACACGUGCAUGACUUCAAACAGUAGUCCCUGUCAUAGCCUUAUAAGGGGAUGUGAUACCCCCGGGACAUAGAAAAAAAAAAGAAUCAAACUGACAAACAUGAUUGAACUCACCAUUCUACCUUCAACUAGAAUACUGAUAUCAUGGCAGGAACGUGAAUAGCAUAUGAUAACACCCCAACACUAAACAUUGCCUCUUAAAAUUCGCUAAACAAUUCCAUUUUUUUUAUAUUGUAGUGAUAUUUGUACUUUUGCUGAGAUGGAAUGACAAAAAAAAAAAAAGUGAGAAUGUACAUGAAAAGGCUUUUUUGUCACCAGUUCAUCUGCAAUACUGAGUGUGGUGGUGAUUUUUGGAAGCUUUUGCGUGUGUUGUGCCAUAUCUGUUUUUACUUCCAUGUGCUAAUCAGCUACUGUACAUAGGAGACGUUUGUGUGUGAUUUGAGAGCGAAUUCCUUACUAAGAUAACUCAGUCGUCAUAGUACAGCGUGUGAGGUUGAUGAGUUGGGUUUGAUAUGCAUAAAAAACUAAAAUGUAUACAAGUAUGUAUGUACAUAGAGCGCCCUUAACGUUAUGCCAGCUGUUCUCUCGUCAGCAGUGAUGUCCAGGCCCGUUCUGUGUCUGGUCCAGAUACCGCGUUUUAGUCCGUCUUUUGUGUUUUCACGUAAGGCUUUUUGGCAAGUCAUUCUCUGACAUGAAAUCGUUUGUAUUAUACAUUUAGCCAAAUCCUUUAAAUCUCUGCUCCUUUUAGCCCUAGCCUCUUCAGACCGGUUUCAAGACUCAGGAUGCUCUGUAAACAAGGUUUUCUCACUGCUCUGCCACAGUGCACAACACAACACACCACUGGUUGUCUUCUAGGUACCUUGCCAGCAACAAAGAUGGAACAGAAAUGGUUUCCGAAAUGAUUUCAUCAAGUAUCUCUGACCUUCCUUUUUUUUCUUUUCUUUUUGUUUCACCCAGAAGAUUAUCAUCUUUUAUUUGUUUUCUCUAUUUUUAUGUGAUACAAUUCAGAAAAAAAACAUUUUCAAGGAAUUAACAGACUGCUGACAGCUGUACUCAUACUGUGUAUCAAACUGUAUGUGUAUUCACAUUGUGUACACUGAAUUCAUGUGAUUCAUAUGAAAAUGCUUCAAGUUCACAAUUUUAAUGGUAAUCUGGGAUAUAUUGGCCAAGUGCAUUUGAGAUGGAAUUGGUACAUCCAAAAUCCAUAUCCCAUUAAAAUUGCUCUUUAAUUUGUUUCUCUAGAAAGAGAUAUGUAUCUUGGAGUUCCUAAUUGUUUCUCACCUGUCAAAUAUUCGACAGGUGACAUUUGCUCUUUGAAGGUUCACAUCAUUACCGUGACAUUUCAUGUUUUGUUCUGUCUUCCUUUUCAAUGUUUGUAAUUCUGCAUAAGGGAUACAAAUAAAAUAUUUUUGUUUUGUUUUAUCAUCAUGUAAUAUAAGAUAAAAGAUGGAUGUGAUCCUUUGAUGGACAUGAUUAAAUGUUUUUACUAUAUACUUUUAUACAUUAUUUUCCUAUCAGACUAGUUAACAAGUAUUUUUAUAUGUUUCUAAGUGAAAAUGCUCUCAUGGCACAACCGUGUGUAUAUGUAAAGAGGAGUAUUUAAUUCUCUCAGUUUGUUUUUUAACUGAAAAAAAAAGACUAUAGGCCAAUGUUUGUUAAACUGUGGACAAGAUCUUUUCCUUCUUUUGGUGGUCAGGAGCUGGCACCCUCUUCACUUGGCAGUCCUCCGCCCUGUAGCUCACAGCUUAAACUAUCGACCAGGGAUCACAGCAGAUCCUCCCCUCCUGUCUGCCUUUGGGAUGGCUCGGCCUGCUGGUGUCCAUGCUGUGUACCAUAAGCCAUGGUCUGAGUGGUAAGGGGAAUGGACACACCGCUCUGGAGUAGUGUGGAGCAGGAAGCGCAUGAUUCUUCCCCUUUUCUUGCAGAGUUUGUGUAAAUCUAAUCCAUAUCGUGCUUUAUUUUUCACAUCA